AAAGACUGUCGUUUUGGAGAUUUAUGAAGCGAUGGCCUGAUGGGUGUUCCGGGGGCUGGGGGCUUGAUCUACCGAUGAGCCGGCAGGAGCUGGUGUGGCCGGUGCAAGUUUUUUGUUUUUUGAGUUUUCUUUUUUUUUUUUUUUUUUUUUUUCCGUGGAGAACUAACCUAAUACCCUGAGGCUCAAAUUCAGCUUGUUGUAAACCACGCAGGGCCGGAGAAGGCAUCGGGAGCCCUGUGCGGGCGUGGAGAUGAUGGGUGUAUUGCCGAAUCCUGGGGCUCCCACUGGGACUGUACGCAAUUCUGUUUAUUCACACAGCGUUCUGAACGCUGUCGCACAAAAAUAUCAGAUCACAGUGGCUUAGAGCUGUACGGACACUCAGAUUCCAGUACGAGGCAGUUUGGUAAAAAGUCAGACGCCCUACGACUUGAGAUUCUUUUAUUCCUCAAGAGCUCCCUUGACAGUAGUAAACAUGGCAACUCGGCUCCUUCGUUCCUUCCUUCCUUUUAGGUAAACUUCAUGGUUGCCAAUAGUCAACAUGGUCACCAGUCUGCGAAUUCCCAUUGGCGACUGCUCCGAAUCUCCGACCCCUUCGAGCGUCAGCGGGCGUGGCGGGAGAGCUGCGCCUGCGCAGACUAUUGGCGCCAAGAUGGCGAUGGCGAUGAGGCUCCCCGUGGCGCGUAAGCCACUCAGUGAGACCCUGGGGCGCGAUACUAAGAAACACUUGGUGGUACCGGGGGACACGAUCACGACAGACACGGGCUUUAUGCGCGGCCAUGGGACGUACAUGGGGGAGGAGAAGCUCAUUGCAUCUGUGGCGGGCUCUGUGGAGAGAGUAAACAAGCUGAUCUGUGUGAAAGCCUUGAAAACCAGGUACAGCGGUGAAGUAGGAGACAUUGUAGUGGGGAGAAUCACUGAGGUUCAGCAGAAGAGGUGGAAGGUGGAUACCAACUCCAGGCUGGACUCAGUCUUGCUGCUCUCGUCCAUGAACCUUCCGGGCGGAGAGCUGAGGAGGAGGUCUGCGGAGGACGAGCUGGCCAUGCGAGGGUUCUUGCAGGAAGGGGACCUCAUCAGCGCCGAGGUGCAGGCAGUGUUCUCCGACGGAGCAGUCUCUCUGCACACCAGGAGCCUGAAAUAUGGGAAACUCGGCCAGGGCGUUCUGGUCCAGGUCUCCCCGUCCCUGGUGAAGCGGCAGAAGACUCACUUCCAUGACUUGCCUUGCGGUGCCUCUGUGAUUCUGGGUAACAACGGCUUCAUCUGGAUCUACCCGACCCCAGAGCACAAAGAGGAGGACACGGGGGGCUUCACUGCAAACCUGGAGCCUGUGUUGCUGGCUGAUCGAGAGGUGAUGUCCCGGCUUCGGAACUGCGUGGUCUCGCUGGUGACUCAGAGGAUGAUGCUGUACGACACCAGCAUCCUGUACUGCUACGAGGCCUCCCUUCCACAUCAGAUCAAAGACAUCUUAAAGCCAGAAGUAAUGGAGGAGAUUGUGCUGGAAACGCGCCAGAGGCUUUUAGAGCAGGAGGGCUGAGGAGGUCCCUGAGGAUGGACUGUCUCGUGGAGUGGAGCAGUGGAGGGUCUGCUUGCGGUCCCCACACGCGGCCCAGGGAGGAGCCGACAGACUCAGGACUCAUCUUUUCGAAGCCCCCAUCCCUGGCCUGCUUUCUCCCUUUCUGGGACAAGAGGCCUGCGGGUGAACAGCGCUUCCAGCCCCUAUGGCCUGGCGAGUCCCAGCAGAAGUGAUUUCAGGUCUGUGGAUGCAGGUCUGUGGAUGCAGUGUCCCCGCCGAGCGACCGCCCGUCCUGGACUAACACGGAGUCUUUCGUCUUCCUCGCUCAUGAGGCACAAUGCCCAUGAAAUUGCCCUGGAGGAAAACGUGGCAUUCCUGACCCCAAAGGACCUCUGCUCCACCUCCUUUUAAGGUGCAAGUGACCCGGCAGUGUACAGAUGGUGAAGUUAGCCUGGCAGACAAAUGGAGGAAUAAAGUUAACCCUGCACCUCUGCUUAAUCUCCUGCGCGAUCCUUGAGUGACAGAUGCGCGGGACCCACACCAGGCUGCCUGACCCUGUGCUGCUUUCCAGGGUGAGGGCGGCUGUUAGAAGCUAAGUUCUGGGGGUCGGCGAUUUAGCUGUAGUUCCACUGCCUGCCUCACAAACGUGAGAGGCACCCCAGGAGAAGGCAGAGGAGGUAGGGAGGGUCUUUAGCUUGUGAAGUCCUGGGUGUGAGUCCAAAUUCAGCUGACUGAACUGCUUCGGUGAUUGUGUCCAGCUCACCUUCCCUGUCUGAAUCCUCUCCUGUGAAAUGCAGUUGUGUUCAGCAGGGCCUGAGGGCACAAGCCUGUAAUCCCAGCACUCUGGAGACAGGCAGGAGGAUCACAAGUUCGAGCUCAGGUCCU